AUGCCCACCCGGGCCCGCCUCUGCACGAAAGACGAAAUACACGGCGCCAAACGGGCCCUCGUCACCGUCUGUCGCAGCUCAGGAGAGUCCGUCGACUUUGUCUUGGUGGGUGGUUCGGGGGACGAGUCGCAGUAUCGCUGUGUCGAAGCUACUUGCCCGCAUUCGGGCGGCCCACUCCACCUCGGUGACAUCGAAGACCUCGGCUCCGACGACCCCGUCAUUGUCUGUCCAUGGCACUCUUACCGCUUCUCGCUGGUCACCGGCACAAGUCCGCAAUGCGAACAACACCCGGCGUUAACCUUGCCCGUCGUGUUGGAGGACGGUCAACUGUACCUGGAGCUGCCGGAGGGGGAUGAGCCCGUGGGCGUCAAGUUAUUUGAAGUCCCCAAACGAGCCCGCCGCCCAAUAUGCACCGCAACCCCAGAAACAGCAAAAGAAACCCUCUCCCCACCCCCAACCCACUCCCCCGUGACACUAGUAGACUGGGCCAUCCUCAUCCUCCACACCUCCGACCCCGCCGAAAAAGUCCGGCUAACCCACCUCGCCGCCGAUCUCUGGAACAGCGGUCAAAUAACCGAGAUCGGCACAGGCACCCCACCCCCGCGCCCCACCCGCCCCUCCACCCUCACAACCAUCCUCCCCUCCCGCGCCAAAAAGCCCGGCAAAGGCGGCACCCUCACCUCCCGCAUCCUCAUCCUCCACGCCCUCGGCAACGUCGAGCAAUGGGCCAUCGACCUGGCGUGGGACAUCAUCGCGCGGUUCCACUCCCACAAGACACCCACCGGUAAACCACUCCCGAAAGAGUUCUUCACGGACUUUGUGAGAGUCGCCAGUGAGGAGGCGAAGCAUUUCGGGUUCCUGGACACGCGGUUGAGGGAAUUGGGGACGGCGUAUGGGACCUUGCCCGUGCAUGAUGGGUUGUGGGACUCGGCGGUGGAUACGAAGGAGAGUCUGUUGGCGAGGUUGGCUAUUGUUCACAUGAUACACGAAGCACGAGGCCUAGACGUGAACCCGUCCACCAUCACCAAAUUCGAACGCGCGGGGGAUACAGCGUCCGCCGAGAAACUGAAGAUCAUCCACGAGGACGAGAUCACGCAUGUCGCCGCGGGGCAGCGGUGGUUCACCUGGAUCGUUUCUGAAAUGUCUCCACCAGCUUCGGGUACCAUACCACGUGGCGAUGAUACGACAUCUACGACGGAAGACCGCUACACACUCUUCCACAGCAUAGUCCGCGCCCACUUCAAAGGCCACCUCAAACCGCCGUUCAACGAUAGGGACCGGUUGUUGGCCGGGUUGGACAAACGGUUUUAUUUGCCGCUUUCUACGCCUGUUGUGAGGCCCACGACGAUGGGUAUGGGAGGUGUAGGAGGGGAGGCGGGGACGGCGUAG